AUGCCAGUGCCCUCUCCUCCUCCUCUUCUUCGCCGCCGCCUCCUCCUCCUCCUCACCAGAAUGCUUUACUUCCAGAUGGUGAUCAUGGCAGGGACGGUGAUGCUGGCUUACUACUUCGAGUACACCGACACCUUCGCGGUCAACGUGCAGGGCUUCUUCUGCCACGAGAGCGCCUACCGCAAGCCUUACCCGGGCCCGGAGGAGAGCAGCGCCGUGCCCCCCGUGCUCCUGUACUCCUUGGCGGCGGGGGUGCCCGUGUUGGUGAUAAUUGUUGGAGAAACUGCUGUAUUUUGCCUACAAAUGGCCACGCGGGAUUUUGAAAACCAAGAAAAAACCAUCUUAACCGGAGACUGUUGCUAUAUAAAUCCACUGGUGCGCAGAACUGUCAGAUUCCUUGGUAUUUACACAUUUGGACUUUUUGCAACAGAUAUAUUUGUAAAUGCAGGACAAGUAGUAACUGGGAAUCUUGCACCACAUUUUCUUGCACUUUGCAAACCCAACUACACUGCUCUUGGAUGCCAGCAGUUCACACAGUUCAUCAGCAGUGCAGAAGCAUGCUCUGGAAAUCCAGAUCUUAUAAUGAAAGCCAGAAAAACAUUUCCAUCCAAAGAUGCAGCUCUGAGCAUAUAUGCAGCGACAUAUCUGGCCAUGUAUAUCACCAACACAAUAAAAUCCAGAGGAACAAGGCUAGCAAAACCAGUCCUUUGUUUGAGCUUAAUGUGUAUGGCCUUUCUUACUGGUAUCAACAGAGUAGCAGAAUAUCGAAAUCAUUGGUCGGAUGUGAUAGCGGGAUUUCUAGUUGGCAUUUCUAUAGCAGCGUUUUUGGUUGUGUGUGUGGUAAAUAAUUUUAGAGGUAGACAACCAGAAAAUGGACAUUCUCACAUGGACAAUCUGGUCCAGAUGCCUAUGAUCAGCAUUCCACGGGUAGAAAGUCCUUUAGAAAAGAACCACAUCACGGCCUUUGCAGAAGUCACAUGAUGUUGAAGCUGAUGUCUAUUCGCUGCAUUGGACGUCGUCUCUUUUCACAGUUCACUCAUAAUAACUGAAACAUUUUUAAUAUAAGGGAAAAUAAAACUUUGUCUGCUUUUAAGACCUGAUAUAGCAACAUUAAAAUUUACAUCAGCCUGUGAAGAA